CGGCUCGCGGGCCCUCCGCCGCGUCCGGGCUCGGGAGGCGUCGGAAGCACCGGGAGCCGCCGCAUGGCGCAGGCGGGGAGCGCAGGCCCGGGGAGCCGGGGGCUGCGGGGCGCGGGCGCGGCCCCCGAGCGCGCGCCUUGGAGCUGGACGCUGGCGCUGCUCUGGCUGGCGGCGGCCGCCGGCACCCCCUCCCGGCGCCAGUGGCCAGUGCCCUACAGACGCUUUUCCUUCCGUCCGGAGCCGGAUCCUUAUUGUCAAGCUAAAUAUACUUUCUGUCCAGCUAGCUCCCCUAUGCCAGUUAUGAAGGGCGAUGACGUCAUUGAAGUCUUUCGGUUACAAGCCCCGGUAUGGGAGUUCAAAUACGGGGACCUCCUGGGACACUUGAAAAUUAUGCAUGAUGCCAUUGGAUUCCGGAGUACCUUAACGGGCAAGAAUUACACGAUGGAAUGGUAUGAACUUUUCCAACUUGGAAACUGCACAUUUCCCCAUCUCCGACCUGAAAUGAAUGCCCCUUUCUGGUGUAAUCAAGGUGCUGCCUGCUUUUUUGAAGGAAUUGAUGAUAUUCACUGGAAGGAAAAUGGGACGUUAGUUCUAGUAGCGACCAUAUCAGGAAACGCAUUUAACAAAAUGGCAAAGUGGGUAAAACGGGACAAUGAAACAGGCAUUUAUUACGAGACGUGGACUGUUCAAGCCAGCCCAGAAAAAGGGGCGGAGACAUGGUUCGAAUCCUACGACUGUUCCAAAUUUGUGUUAAGGACGUAUGAGAAGUUGGCUGAAUUUGGAGCAGAGUUCAAGAAGAUAGAAACCAACUAUACAAGAAUAUUUCUUUACAGUGGAGAACCUACUUAUUUGGGAAAUGAAACAUCUAUUUUUGGGCCAACAGGAAACAAGACUCUUGCUUUAGCCAUAAAAAGAUUUUAUUACCCCUUCAAACCGCAUUUGCCAACUAAAGAAUUUCUGUUGAGUCUCUUGCAAAUUUUUGAUGCAGUGAUUAUACACAGACAGUUCUAUUUGUUUUAUAAUUUUGAAUAUUGGUUUUUACCUAUGAAAUUCCCUUUUAUUAAAAUAACAUAUGAAGAAAUCCCUUUACCUAACAAAAACAAAACGUUCUCCAGUUUAUAAAACCUUAAUUCUACUGCUCUUUUUUCUCCUGCCACCAGCAUAUCAGUUUUUCAGGGCCUGCCUGGUUUUACUUUUGUGGAUUUCUUAGUCCUUUCUUCCUUGGGGCAGAAAGGUAAAAUGCACAUGGGCAGAAUUGCUGCAUCAUAAUAUCUCAGGACCUUUUUUGUAAAGAAGCUGAAACUCUUAAUGUAUUGGCCAAAGUGAGCAUGUUAGGAGAUUUUGAUUUCAGUUACCAAGCUUUUUGAGUUAUAUAGUUCAUAGCAGAUAUAGAGGAUCUUUGAACCCAGUAUUUUUAAAUUGUGGAUAUGGUGUACCAAGAUUUUAAAAAUACCCCCAGUGACAUUUUCAUGGUGGGAGCUACUUUUUUCCGGUAUGGUGGUUAUGCUUUUUCAUUUAAGUACUUUUUGGUCAUUUUGAGUGACUUUACAGCUUUUGUAACUUUUGGAACCAGGUCUGAUAGUUGAUUUUGUUCCGUUUACAUAACCUUAAAGACCGAUUGGGACACCAUAGCUGGAGUGGUUGUGCUUCCAGAUGUGGUAAAUACAGUGUUAAAGAGCACAAGUUUCUGGUUAGCAUUUUGUGAUUUAAGCAGCUUAACAGCUCCAAACCUUAGUUUCCUUAUUUCUAAAACGAUUCAUCUGUCAGGAUGGUUGUAAAGAGUGAAGUCGUGUGUGUUUGGCAUAGUAAGGUCACAAUAAAUGGUAUUUACUGGUAUUAAAUGGUAAUAAAUGGUAUUUAAUCACAAUAUAAUGAUUAAUCAAGGAACAAACUGCCAUCCUUCAUCUUGCCUAAUGUCGUUUACGUGCCAGCCUUUCCUGAGUUUUGUAAUAACCACCUAGACUUUGAGCUGACAGCAGAGUGCUUCUGCAGUUCUUCAGAUGCGUGGGGCCUGGAAGUAUCUGAACGCAGACACGUCUGCGUGGACAUGCACCCUCUGACUCUUUCUCUGCUUCGUGUAGUCCUCGCUCUGCCCACCAAAGCUGCCGGCUCAGUGGAAGAGGGUCCACUUCCCAGAGAGAGGACAGGUAUUGUCAAGGGUCUCCAAGUAGCUGUGUUUCCAUCAGGACCAUCAAACAAAAUUUCAAGGUCCUCUAAGUGUUUGAUGAUCAACUGAACACAUUCUUUCUAUUCAUGGAAAAAACACCAGUCAGUAAGAUGAUGAAACAGAAAUCAGAGAAAACGAUCCCUGUUUACUAUGUAAAGGUACCAAUUAUAUUAUUCAGUUUCUGCUUACAUUUGAGUGCUUCCUGAGAGUUUAGCACAUUAUCACAGAGUUCUCAUAAAAAGCCUAAGCAUAGAUAUUGUUUACCUGAUCCAAAUGAGUAAACUGGGGCUUAGAAACGUUGAGUGACCUUUCCACAGCUACCCAGCUGGUGGUUAUGGAGCCACAUUUUGAACCAGGCUCUGCUGACUGAAUGGGAUGCACUAUCAAGCCAGUUUUUCAGCACUACUCAAAGUGUGGUCCUCAAACCAGUGCCUGCACUGUAUGUCACUAACACCGUGUGGUACUGGUCUGUGAGGAGGUAAGUACAGAUGCUGAUAGGAAGCAUUUAGAAACUUGUAAAGCAACUUGUUGGAGUAAUUUUGUUUCUGUUGAACCUAAUUAAAAAAUUGGGAUUUAUAUUUUCUUUGUUUCUAUUUGUCUAGGAAUUCGUUUUUACUCUUUUUCAAAACUAUAGGCACUACAACAGUCUGAAAAUAAAAACCCAGCCCUUUACCACCAAUAGCUUGAGAAGUACUGCACUAUUCUGCUUAUUACACAGAAGUAAAGUCUUACUCAAAUACCUAGGGAGAACUUUCUUUCACUGCCCAUCAUUUAGUCUGUCUGCUCAUGUUAAUAGUGCCUAAACAUUCCGAAUUAAUUUUGCCUCUUUAACCUACUAGUUGUCUUCAGGGUAUGUCACCAGAAAACUUGGAUCUUUGCAUUAUCACCAUCUAGUGGCUAAAAUUGGGCAAUACCAACUUCUACUAGAUUCUUAGGAAAAUUGCUCUGGGAAAACUGUAUUUUGGAUUUCCAGAACUGCACUGGGGUAACAGGCAAAAACUCUUGUGCCAAGUUUGUGUUAACUGUAAAUCACAGAACUUGGUUCCAUAGGCAGAGACAAAUGAGGACCUGUGUGCAUGAAUUUUAAAGCAAGAUUCUAAUAGUUACAUUAAAAAAGCAUUCAAGAUUUUUCAUUGUUCCUAAGAAUAUUAAUAAAUGAAGAAAUUCUGUGAAAGUAACAUAGACUCAGAUGACUAUAGCACCAGAGCACAGCAUUCAUACAAGUAAGUACUUCUUAAGAAUUUAUCAGACCUGUCAACUGUACUUAGAUGACGACGUAGGGCUUUGGAGUAGAAAUGAUUCAGGAACAUGCUUUCAAAAUGGUAGUUGGGAAACCAAAUCAUGGCCAGGCAGGAAUUUGCCAAUUAAAUUUUGCUGCCAUUAACUACUGUAUAACUUAAAUAUGAUUUGUUUUUCUGUCAAUUUAAGUUGUAAAUGUAUAAAAUUUCCUAAGAAAAAC